AACGAAAUGUACCUAGUUUUCUACUGUUUUUCGUCGUCCUCGUCUCGUCAGCGGUGUGGCAACGGCGGCCAUUGCAAUUACAUGAACUUCACAGAACUCAAACCCACAAAUUCAAGUCUCUAACCCCACCUUCCCUUUCAAAUCGCACUCUACAAUCAUGGGCCACUGACACUUACAGCAUCUUCAGUCUUGACUCUGUUUUCAGUUCUCAUGGUUUCUUCGUCUUCCCUCUUACACCCAUCCAUUUGGCCAAGAAGAAGAUCAGAAAAAGAAACUAAAGGGAAAUAGACGUCUGAAUUUUCUACCAAAAAUUGCAAUUUCUUCCCAAGUAAGCUGUUUUCUAUAGGUUUCUUUGCCUUUCUUGACAACCAAACGGGGCUUAUUCUAUUAAAACUUUAAGCUGUUUUUUCUUUGAAACUUGCAAUUCUUGAAAAUGGCCUCAACCUAUGGAGUUGCUGCUUUGACCCGAUUGGGUUUGGCUUAUUCUUGUUCUUCCUCACGGGAUAAAUUUCUUGUUCCUCAAUGUUGCGGGGAAUUAACUAUUCAAUCUUGUUCUAGGGUUUCAAAUGCGAUUUCCAGACAAAAUCGUGAGUUUAUAAUCCCCAGUCGAAGUAAAAUUCGAGAAUUUAGAUUGUUCAAUUCGGUUGAGUUGGAUAGGUUUGUAACUAGUGAUGAUGAAAAUGAAAUGAGCGACGAAUUUUUCGAAGCAAUCGAGGAAUUGGAACGAAUGACUAGAGAGCCCUCGGAUGUGCUUGAGGAAAUGAAUGACCGGUUAUCGGUCCGCGAAUUCCAACUAGUGUUGGUGUACUUUUCUCAAGAAGGGAGGGAUUCUUGGUGUGCAUUGGAGGUGUUUGAGUGGCUCAAAAAGGAGAAUAGGGUGGAUAAGGAGACAAUGGAGCUUAUGGUUUCUUUAAUGUGUGGGUGGGUUAAGAAGUUGAUUGAGAGUGAACAUGAUGCUGGGGAUGUGGUGGAUUUGCUGGUGGACAUGGAUUGUGUUGGCUUGAAGCCGAGUUUUAGUAUGAUAGAGAAGGUCAUAUCUUUGUAUUGGGAGAUGGGUGAGAAGGAGAGGGCGGUUUCCUUUGUGAAGGAGGUUUUGCGGAGGGGACUUGUGUUUUCAUAUGGAGAUAGUGAAGGUCAUAAGGGAGGUCCAACAGGGUAUCUUGCUUGGAAGAUGAUGGUGGAAGGGAACUACAAGGAUGCAGUCAAAUUAGUGAUUCACCUUAGAGAAUCUGGGCUGAAGCCAGAGGUCUAUAGCUAUCUAAUCGCAAUGACAGCUGUUGUUAAAGAGCUGAAUGAAUUUGCAAAAGCUUUAAGGAAGUUGAAGGGUUUCACCAAGGCUGAUUUGGUAGCGGAACUGGAUGCAGAAAAUGUUGAGCUUAUUGAAGAGUAUCAGUCAGAACUUUUGGCUGAUGGAGUCUGCUUGUCCAGUUGGGCAAUUCAAGAGGGAGGCCCAUCAUUUUAUGGGGUGGUUCAUGAGAGGCUUCUUGCUAUGUAUAUCUGUGCUGGUUAUGGACUUGAGGCUGAAAGACAGCUAUGGGAAAUGAAGCUCGUGGGUAAGGAGGCUGAUGGAGAUCUUUAUGACAUUGUUCUAGCCAUAUGUGCUUCCCAAAAGGAGGCUGGCUCUAUUUCACGACUGCUUACGAGAUUGGAGGUUACUAGUGCAUUGCGCAAAAAGAAAACCUUAUCAUGGUUGUUGAGAGGUUACAUCAAAGGUGGCCAUUUUGACGAUGCAACAGAAACAGUAAUCAAAAUGCUCGACUUCGGUUUCUCUCCAGAGUUUCUUGAUAGGGCAGCUGUGCUUCAGGGACUAAGAAAAAGAAUCCAACAACCAGGAAAAAUCAAAACUUAUCUGAAACUUUGCAAGCGCCUCUCUGAUGCAAACCUGGUUGGACCUUGCCUCGUAUACCUAUAUAUGAAGAAAUAUAAGCUGUGGAUAGUAAAAAUGCUCUGAAUGUAACGAAUGAGAAGCUAUGAGGUGGACUUCUUUUAUAACCACAGGGGUCAAGAUGACCAGAUCUUAUUGCAAAACUGUCAUUUUUCUGGCAACUUAUAUGUGUACAUUGUGUAUAAUCUUGGAUAGCUUGAGAGCAGUACAAUGAUGUUGGGUGGACCAUUUCCUUGAGGCAGACUACUUGAAAGUUUAGAUGUGCGUUUGUGAGCAUCUUGUUCUCAAGUCCAAAUAUGUAUAUAUUGUUGAAUCUGAGAUCAUAGUUGAGAACUUUCAUGACAAUGUUACUAGAAAGACUGCACAUUCUCAUGUAUGUUCAUGUGGCAAUAGAACAACUCCUUUGCUCUGCUCGGCCUGG